GUACAACUGUCUAACUGUCAACAACUGUCAGUUGAUGUUUUUUGUAGUUGCAAAAGUGACAGUUAACAAAUUGUAGCAGUGUUUGAGUGUUUUUACCGGCCUUUCAAACAAGAUAUCAUUUUAUCGUUGCCGGAAAAUUUAAACCACUCAGAAUUUUGGUUGAGCUGCCUUUGGGCAACUGGCUUAUCUCAUUCCUCUCAUUCAUUGAUGACAAAGAAACUAAAAUUUAUUUCAUCAUAAAGAGCAAUGGUGAAGCCAGAAUAUCCAAACCAGGGAUUUAAUCAACCAGCUUCCUUCAGUCACAGUGGUGCUGAUAGUGGUGAAGCAGACAUCAGAUAUGAACAACAUAGAGAAGAAGCUGGAUACACCCCAAACAACUCUUUGACUUAUUCAAACGAUGACAAUGUUUUUCUAUCAUCUGGGAGCCAUGCCCUCACCUUCCAGUCUUACAACCGCUCUCUUUCCUGCCCAGUACCUAACACCGUGCCAAGGGAGAGAAUUUCUUCCCUCCCCAAUCCGGAGGAGAAUGUCCCACUGGAGCCAUCAACACGAAGAAGAGGAAGCGCUCCAGUUUCUUACAAUUCUUGCGGAGUUGCCAACUCUUCUAGGGCUGAAGUAAGCGAUGCACUCCCUCCUCAACUUCUGGAUAUUGCUGCCAAAGGGCAAGAGCUGUUCUGGUUUGUUUUCAAUGAAGUAGUGAAGGCUGACGGAGUCACAGCAUCUGGGAGCCCAAGUGUUUUGACUAUAUUACCUCACAGGAUGGAAGUUCUAAAUGAGAGGGGCAGAUGCGGUGGAAGAACGCUGCAGCAAAUAGCAGAAUCCUUUUUUCACUCUCCCCAGCGACACAGUGUGUGGAACCAUGCUAGUAGUAUUGAUAUUCAAUCACUCGACUACAAUUCAUUCUCACUUAUUUUGCUGGGGCUUUUUCAGGAGGGUGGCAUCACACAGACCAGAGUACUGGUGCUCAUAUUCUUCUGUGUGGACAUAGCUCACAGAGCUCUCAGAGAGAACCUUAUGAGAGAUUUUCAAAAGCUUGUAGAGUGGACAUCUCGGUUCAUUACGGAGCAGCUCAGUGCAUGGGUGCUGCAACACGGCGGCUGGGCGGCUGUUCUUCAGGAAUCAGUAGACCAGGCUUACAGGGUAGCAGUUGUUGGAUUGUGCUUACUGACUGCAUUGGCUGUGUCUUUUUGGUUGGUGAGAAACAGAUAAAAAUCAAAGAAACCAAAGAAUUUCCAAGUUGACAGUGAUAAUUUUAGGACAAACAUUGAACUAGCUCCAGGGUUAAUACUAGAUCCAGCUAUAUGGAUUCUGACUGUUACAGCCCUGUUGCUAUGACUGAUGGCAGUCCCUGCCAGUAUUGUGCUCUAAUGUGUCACAUCAACACUAGUCAUGUCUAUGUUAGUAAUUUAUUAAACAACUCAAUUUUAA